UCAUGCCACCACGAAAGGAGAAGGUGGCCAAGGACGGUGAUGACUUCAAACAUUUGAUGGAAAGCUUCUCUAUCAAGUUCGAGGGUCCCGUUCCCCCGAAGCAAUGGCCUCCAUUAUACAGCCAUCAUUUCGCAGUCAUCCGCAAUAUAUUCAGCACUCGCUACGAUGACUAUAUGGCUCAGACAGAUGUUGAUGCAAAGAGAAAGGAAGUACAGAGAAAGCGCGUCGAAAAAUUACGUAGGAUAGCGUACGGCUUGCGACCAGAUCUACACAUCAACGAGUCAACAUGGCGGGCCAAGGUGGAGCCGGUCGUGAUAGAGAUUUUUGAGGAAAGAGUGAUCUGUCCCUUCUGUGGAGAUGAAAAACAUGUCCCAGAUCAUAUGGCUGUCCCGUAUGAUUCGAACACAAAGAAAGUUUUGAAAUCAAAAAGGAGAACUCGAAAACGUUGUGAAUGUCAGCGCGAAGGCACAGAUAUUGUCGAUGGGGACGACGAGGCUCAAGAUAUGUUCAAAUAUCUAACAGAGGAAGUGGUUAAACAUUCCAACACUAACGAACAUGAUAACUAUCUCAAAACUCGAAACAUUCCUAUGAAACCGGACGGCAUAGUAGGACUCAACAUCACUCCAGGAAUACGCGAUUGUCUAUCAAGAUGUCAAUGGAGUCUAGAAAACAAGCCACUGAAUGGAAAAGAUAUGAUCUACCCAUUCCUUGUGAUAGAGGCAAAGAAGGCAAUACAUCCCCCAGGAUUUAGAUCGAUAGAACGACAAACAGCAUUUCCGAUACGUCGAUUUCUACAUAUCCAGGACGAAUUAAGAAAUAAAUCUUUGGAUUAUUGUUACGAGCCCCCUUUAGUAUGGUUUUUUGCCUACCAAGGGGAAGAGUGGCGGUUGUACGCUGGAGUACUUCCAAGCAGAGAAAUGUCCGUCGCCGGCAGUAUAGACGAAAAAGAGAAACUGAGUGUCUACGAUCUUUGGCACGGCACAAUUGAAAGUGAAGACGGCGCAUUGCAGCUGCUGCAGAUAGUCGAUUACAUAUGGACUUGGGCUCGGGAUAUCUUUCGCCCACAAGUCAAAGCAUGUCUUAUCGGCGAGGCACGACGAAGGCAGUCAGAAUCUCUGCCUAUCAGCAGACAAGGUUCCUAUGUGACCCGUUGCUUGGACGCAUCAUAUCAAGCAGAGCCGACAGAUACAAUAAUGUCGGAUGUCAUCGAAACAACAGAAGAGAUCCGUCUGGUAGCUUCAGGCAGCACUUCUCCAGAACGAUUUUCAACACCAAUACACGAAUCAGAUGACACGCCCAUCCUAGCAAAUUCUGAAGUUAUCGCGGAUGCCCCCUUUUCUAGAUGGGCCACUGCACAUAUGUGCUCAGAAAAGUUCUCCAGCUUCGCCACUAUCAGACAUGCCAACGACAUCAAUUAUUCUUUCAGAAUCCGAGACGUUCAGAACGUGCAUCAUUUUGUAGACGGGAAAGCUUCAGCACAUCAACUGGAGUCCAGACUGGAAUUAUUCAGCUUGAAAAAACUUGCCAUCAGGAUUCAGACCAGAGAUCUCUACCAGCUGGUCCGCUACUGGACAUCAAAAAACCAAGUCGUCGACAAUACAGAAGAUAAUAUGAGUGUAACGCUGUUAUACCGCACCUACUGCAGACCACGUGAUUGGCAGAUUUUUCGACAAAUCCAGUGCAUAAUCUGGCCAAAGGAUUUGUAUCAACCACAGGCGGAUGACCGGGCAAAUGAAAGGACCCAUGAGCUUUACAAGCAAGCACCGGUCCCGAUUGAUCAGCUAUUGUCUUCUGUCACACAGCUACGGUCACUUUCAGGCAAACACUCUGUAUACUCAGCAUGCCAUGACUUCUGCUUUCUCUUUUAUCGAUUCAACACAAUUGCAGAUUGGGGACCUCCGAUAGACUUCGGCAUAGAACCAUCUACGAUGAAGAUGUGCACCGACCUUCUGGACGACGAUCUACUGUUUCCCAACAAUCUGAAUCAGGUAGAAAGGACCUGUAUGCUUCAUGAAGACUAUACCAAUACACAAAUACUUCAGUUCAAGCUAGGUGACGUGCCGAAUUGGCAAGAAGCAGUGGUAGUCGAAAAGCCAGACUACUGGCCGUCCGAGUCUCCCAAGUUCUGCCUUUUUGUACUCUUGCAAGAAGGGUAUGAUGAUCAGAAUGCUCUUGCGAAACUGCUUCGCGAUGAGUGUGUACGUCGCAAGUUUUAUCAAUUAGGUGGCCCCAGUUCAGCUGAUAGGCGUGACAAAUCCGAUGGUCCCCGUUUGAGGGCAUGGCACGAUUGGCUUAAAACGUUAGAUAUUCGAGCCUAUGUACGAGAUGGGAGUAAGGACCCUCGCGAAUAUUCCAGAUUCCUUACGCACUGAGAUCUCAUCAAUUAUUGUAUUUUUGACAGGGCAGCGAUGGAGUGGACUUUUCAGCUACCGAGUCAAAAAUGUGUUCUUUUGGAGUAGCGUGGUUCAUUGUUCCCAUAGUCCAAUCAGAAAAAUCACAAAUCAAGUUAUCGCCUUUCAC